CAGAGAGUGAGAGCAGGAGGAAGAACAAGUUUGAGGGAGGGCAGCUACCGUCCGUGAGGGUGUGCUUCGUUCCUCCUGUCUGGCUGUCUGUCUGUCACUCCACUGUCUCUUGGUUGGCUGCUCCUUCCCUUCUUCACUGCUUGCCUUCCCUUCCCUUCCCUUCUCUUCCUCCCUUCCUUCCCGUCCCGUCCCUUCCCUUCUUGCUCUCCUGCUUCCCCUUUUAGACUAUUACUUGUGCUCUCGACUGUCACUCUUCUCCUUGCCAUCGGAAGAAAGUGUAGCAAGCCGGUGGACCGGAGAGCUGCUGCUUGCUUCCACUUUUGUUUCUUCUCUCCGCGCGAGUCCAGUGCAGUGCAGUGCAGUCCCGUGAGUCCGUGUGUGGUGUGGUUGUGCGUUGCUUUACGAACAAUUGUGUUGCUUUCAGGCUUGUUCCUUGUUCGUGGGACUAAACAAGUAAUCAGGCGGCCCGAAGCGUGGAAUGUGCGAUUGAUUGUUGUUGACCGGAUUGAGGUGGGAGUACGCUUCGGCAAACAAAGCGUCGAGAGAACACAACAGCAGCUCGUAGAGAGAAAAGAGUGAGCGAGAGUGCGAGUGACAGUCGUCGAGGAGAGCCGAGGAGAGAGAGAGUGAGAGAGAGAGAGAAAGAGAAAGAGCUAGAGAUAGAAAGAGAGGGGAAGGGAGAGAGAGAGAGAGAGAGAGAGAGAGAGAGGGAGAGUUGUAAGAUUAUGGCCGGAACAGGUGGGCUGCCUCCUAUAACAUCAACGACAGCAGUAGAUAGCGUCGAGUAGAGUUUCGAGAGUUGCUUGAGCGCGGUAUGCGAAGCAGGUGCCAUGGAGGAUCAGAAGUGGCGCUGAAUUCUGGCCGUAGAAGAGGAAGCUCGUCGUUCUCAGGUUUAGAAGCGGAGAGGGGAAGCAGAUUGAGGUCAGAUUUGGGAGGCGCGCAAUGGCAGCGGGCGGAGCUGGAGGAGGAGCUGGGGGCGGCGGCGGAGGUGGAGGCCAAGGGGGGUACGGUGACACCACCUACACCAAAGUCUUCGUAGGAGGACUAGCAUGGGAGACGCAGCGUGACACGAUGCGCCGGCACUUCGAACAAUUUGGAGACAUCCUGGAGGCCGUCGUCAUCACUGACAAGAAUACCGGGCGCUCCAAGGGCUAUGGCUUUGUAACAUUCAGAGACGCGGAGGCAGCGCGUAGAGCUUGCGCAGAUGCGACGCCAAUCAUCGAUGGAAGGCGUGCCAAUUGCAAUCUGGCGUCGCUCGGCAAUCGCAACCGCCCACAUGGUCAGCACGGCAACCGGUUUCGGCCAAUGACUCCUUUUCCUGCAGGCCCUCAGGCGGGAGGGCCUGGGUACACCGGCGCUCCGAGUUUCCCUCAAGCGGGUGCCCCUUUCACUGCUUAUCCGCAGCAAGGUUUCACCACCUACCCGCAGUAUGCCGGCUACCCGCAGUACCCCCCGGAUUACACUGGUUACCCCCAGAAUCUGUAUAGCCCUUAUGGCGGUCCCCAGUUUCCAGUUCAGGCAUACGGGCCCGGAUCGAUCGCGAACCCGGCGACGGGACUCUAUCCUUACUCAGGAUUCACCCAACCACUGCAGGGAGGCCCCGGCUAUGCCUCUCCCCAAGCAUACACGGGUGUCCAGGGUCCCCCUCUGAUGCAAUACGGCAGCCCCGCUGGCGUGACGCCCAUUACCAGCAUGGCCCAACAAUACCCUGGCACGAUGACCAUCCCCACAGCAUCUCCUUCCCCCGGAGUAGCACCAACCAUCGCGACGGCGGGAGUCGGAGGACCCGGACCCACGCAACAAUUCGCAGUGGCCACGCCGACGCAGCAACAAUUCUCGACGGGCGGAGUUCCGGAGCAGCCCUCGGGUUGAUCUGAGCCAGAGCCCGGCCUCGGGAUUUCCUGCCCGGAGGAGCGAGCGAGCGAGGAGGCGUGCGCGCCGCCGCCGCCUCGA